GUUCGAGAACUCCAAACCCGACUACAGAGCGUGCAGGCCACAGGCCCCUCCAGCCCUGGACGCCUCACUUCUGCCAACCGCCCAAUUAACCCCAGCACCGGAGAGCUGAGCACCAGCAGCAGCAGCAAUGACAUUCCCAUCGCCAAGAUUGCUGAGAGGGUGAAGCUAUCGAAGACAAGGUCCGAAUCUUCUUCAUCUGAUCGGCCAGUCCUGGGUUCGGAAAUCAGUAGCAUUGGGGUAUCCAGCAGCGUGGCAGAACACUUGGCCCACUCCCUUCAGGACUGCUCCAACAUCCAGGAGAUCUUCCAAACGCUCUACUCACACGGCUCAGCCAUCUCCGAAAGCAAGAUUAGGGAGUUUGAGGUGGAAACUGAACGGUUGAAUAGCCGUAUCGAGCACCUCAAGUCCCAGAAUGACCUCCUGACCAUAACGCUGGAAGAAUGCAAAAACAACGCUGAGAAAAUGAGCAUGCUGGUGGGGAAGUACGAGUCCAAUGCCACAGCGCUGAGGCUGGCCUUGACCUACAGCGAGCAGUGCAUAGAAGCCUACGAGCUCCUCCUGGCCCUGGCUGAGAGCGAGCAGAGUCUCAUCCUGGGGCAGUUCCGGGCAGCUGGUGUGGGCUCCUCUCCUGGAGACCAGUCAGGAGACGAGAACAUCACUCAGAUGCUCAAGCGAGCCCAUGACUGCCGGAAGACUGCAGAGAACGCCGCCAAAGCCCUGCUUAUGAAGCUGGAUGGCAGCUGCGGGGGAGCCUUCGCUGUGGCUGGCUGCAGUGUGCAGCCCUGGGAGAGCCUAUCUUCCAACAGCCACACCAGCACAACCAGCUCCACAGCCAGCAGCUGCGACACAGAGUUCACAAAAGAAGAUGAGCAAAGGCUGAAGGAUUACAUCCAGCAGCUCAAGAAUGACAGGGCUGCAGUGAAGCUGACCAUGUUAGAACUGGAGAGCAUUCAUAUAGACCCGCUCAGCUAUGAUGUCAAGCCGAGGGGAGACAGCCAGAGACUGGACCUGGAGAACGCCGUGCUGAUGCAGGAGCUGAUGGCCAUGAAGGAGGAGAUGGCAGAGCUGAAGGCACAGCUAUACCUACUGGAGAAAGAGAAAAAGGCUCUGGAGCUGAAGCUGAGUACGCGGGAGGCGCAGGAGCAGGCCUACCUGGUACACAUCGAGCACCUCAAGUCUGAGGUGGAGGAGCAGAAGGAGCAGCGCAUGCGGUCCCUCAGCUCCACCAGCAGCAGCAGCAAAGAAAAGCCCAGCAAGGAGUGUGCCGAUGCCGCCUCUCCAGCCCUGUCACUGGCUGAACUAAGAACAACGUGCAGCGAGAGUGAGCUGGCUGCAGAGUUCACCAAUGCCAUCCGCCGGUAAGCACCCUUCUAUCCCAGGCCUCCUGCCACGUUUUCUUGGCUGCUCACAUCAGCUCUUUGGGGAUCACACAGCCUGCUGGGAAGGAAAAGAUGCUGAGAUGUUCUAAAUUGGCCAUGCCUUGGAGGCCGAAAACGGACAAGCCCUGUUUAUGCCAGGCCUUUCAAAAGGGGAGUGUUGGGGGUGGGCAGUCAUGCCAUCUGCAGAUAAGAAAAUGUCUCUUCCUUUCCUGUUGUGCUACAUUAUUGCACUGGCUAGAAGUCUCAGGAAGCUGUAAUGGUGACCAUAAGAAUGGGCACUCUCUCAAUGCCACCUUUAGUGGGACUGCUUUCCUUUAGCAUGGGUGGCCCCUUCCAGUGGGAGGCCUCUUAUUUUUAUUCUAGUUUGGGAAAUUUUCCUGUUAGUUGGUUGUUUCCUCUUCUACAAUCUGACCUGUCUUUUUGUAAAGAGAAACAGGUGCUAGAGCUUUCUUCCUUGUCCUCUUUGGUAACACUAGGAUUUGAUCUCAGGGCUUCACUCUCGCCUACUCCUUGAGCCACACCUCCAGCCCUUAUCUGUCCUUUUGCUCUGGCUUCCAGAGCAGCUCUGUCCAAUGAAGAAGUAAUUUGAAGCAAAUAUGUAAUUUAAAAUUUUCUAGCAGCCACAUUCACAAAAAUAAAAAGAAACAGGUGAAAUUCACUUAAAGAACCUAUUUUGUUUAACCCAAUGCACUCCAAAUGUCAUUUCAGCCUGUUUUCUACGUUACACGUACAUCGGAGUACAGGGCCGCCAGCAGCACGUGGCUUUACUGGCUGUCCUGUUACUUGCAGUUCUUUUUCUUUAGAUAGACGGAUAGUUUCUUUUUUUAAAUUGACAUAGUAAUUGUACAGAUCUAUGGGGUACUGUCGCAUUUCCUAGACAGAUUCUUCAGUUUGGUUUUCUAGCUCACUUUUUUUUUUU